GAAAAAUAAAUAAAUAAAUGCAUAAAUAAAUUAAAAAAAAGUCCGUUCUCGGCGCUCACAAUUGCGCCCCCUAACACCUUGCGCCGGGGGCGGCUGCUCCUUUGCCCCACCCUAUCUACGCCUCUGAAUGACUGUAAGUGAAAUAAAUGGUAAACCUUGUAUUUGGAGCACAGAGGAUAUUCCCUGUGAUUGCGUGCCCUGAUGGUUUUGCCCAGGAUCUGGGAGAGGUUCCGAUCAGGCAACCUGCAUCUUACCCUCCUAAGUUGCCUUCGCACUAGGAUGUUGCGGCAGGUUUUGCACAGGGGGCUGAGGACGUGCUUCUCCAGACUCGGCUACUUCGUCGCCAAUCAUCCAGUCUUUUUCGCCUCCGCCCCUGUCCUCAUUUCAAUUUUACUUGGGGCCAGUUUUAGCAAGUACGGGAUUGAGGACAACGUGGAAUACUUGCUUGCUCCUCAACACAGUCUGGCAAAAAUUGAGAGGAACCUUGUAGACAGUUUUUUCCCCGUGAACCGGUCCAAGCAUCGCCUCUACUCCGACCUGCAAACUCCUGGGAGGUACGGCAGAGUCAUCAUCACCUCUUCCACUAAAGCAAAUAUGCUGGAUCAACAUCACACUGAACUGAUCUUAAAGUUGCACUCUUCCGUGGCCAAGAUCCAGGUACACAUGAUGGACUUCAGUUACACAUUUGCACACUUGUGUGUUCUGGAUAAUGAAAAGUCAUGUAUAGUGGACGAUAUUAUACACAUUUUAGAACACAUAAAGACUCAGCGCUCUUUAAAUCAAACAGGAUUUACUAUUACAUAUCCAAUAACUCACUUAAAAGAUGGCAGAGAAGUAUAUAUUGGGCACCAGCUUGGAGGUGUCACUCUACAGGGUAAGGACAGAGUCCGAUCUGCAGAAGCUGUUCAGUUAACUUACUACUUACAGGCAGUCAAUUCUCUAAAUGAUGCAUUAGCAGAAAAAUGGGAGUUGCUGUUCUGCAAAACAAUCAAACUCUUUGAGGAGUCUAACAAGGAGAUAAAGUUGUACCCUUUUACGUCUGCCACACUUAAGGAGGAUUUUCAGCAGACCAGCAUUAUAUCAGAAGAAUACUUAAUAACGGCUUUGGUUCUAGUGGUUGUAAUGGCCAUACUUUGCUGUUCCAUGUGGGAUUGUGUUCGUAGUAAACCUUGGCUUGGACUACUGGGAUUAGUGACAAUGAGUCUGGCUACUUUGACUGCAGCUGGUAUCAUAAACCUAACUGGAGGGAAGUACCAUUCGACCUUGCUAGGACUUCCCUUGAUCGUUUUAGGGCAUGGCUUAUAUGGGACAUUUGAGAUGCUGUCGUCCUGGCGGAAAACAAGAGAAGAUCAGCAUGUAAAAGAGAGAGUUGCAACUGUGUAUGCAGACUCCAUGCUUUCAUUUUCCCUAAAUACCCUCAUGUACUUGGUCACUUUUGGCAUUGGUGCCAGCCCCUUCACAAACAUUGAGGCAGCUAGAAUUUUUUGCUGCAACACCUGCAUAGCAGUGUUAUUCAACUACCUCUAUAUUCUUUCAUUUUAUGGCUCCAGCUUAGUGUUUACUGGCUACAUAGAAAGCAACUACCAGCACAGCAUAUUUUGCAAAAAGGUGCCAAAGCCUGAUGUACUGCAAGAAAAACCUGCUUGGUACAGGUUUAUUAUGACCACAAAAUUCAGUGAAGAUGCAACAAACUCAGAUGGUACCAUAGCAUACGAAAAUCAUUUGCUGAUUUGUUUCCUAAAACGAUAUUACAGUGACUGGAUAACAAACACAUAUGUUAAACCUUUUGUAGUCCUCUUUUAUCUUAUUUAUAUUUCUUUUGCCUUAAUGGGCUACCUGCAGGUCACUGAAGGAUCAGACCUCAGCAACAUUGUAGCAACAGAAACAGGAACUACAGCAUAUACAACUGCCCAGCAGAAGUACUUCAGCAACUAUAGUCCUGUCAUUGGAUUUUACAUUUAUGAAUCAAUCGAAUACUGGAAUACUAGUGUUCAAGAAGAUGUGUUGGAAUAUACAAAAGGGUUUGUAAGGAUAUCUUGGUUUGAAAGUUAUUUAAAUUAUCUUAGAAAGCUUAAUAUGUCCACUGGUUUGCCUAAGAAAAAUUUUACUGACAUACUACGCCACUCUUUCUUGAAAAAAACUCAGUUUUAUCACUUUUCAGAGGAUAUAAUAUUUUCCGAAAAAAAUAACGAGUUAGAAGUGGCAGCUUCCCGGAUGUUCCUUGUGGCCAAGACAAUGGAAACCAAGAGAAAAGAACUUUAUGAUCUCUUAGAAACUUUGCGGAAGCUGUCAUUUACAUCAAAGGUUAAAUUUAUAAUUUUUAAUCCUUCUUUUGUGUUCAUGGAUCGUUAUUCCUCCUCAGUUGGAGCACCACUGCAACAUUCGUGCAUAAGUGCAUUGUUUGUAUUGUUCUUUUCUGCAUUCCUUGUUGCAGACUCCUUGAUCAAUGUGUGGGUCACUGUGACUGUAGCUUCAGUGGAGUUUGGAGUUUUAGGUUUCAUGACACUGUGGAAGGUAGAGUUAGACUGCAUUUCGGUACUAUGCUUAAUUUAUGGAAUUAACUACACUAUUGAUAACGUUGCACCAAUGAUGUCAACAUUUGUCCUAGGGAAGGAUUUCACAAGAACUAGAUGGGUAAAAAAUACUCUAGAGCUGCAUGGAGUGGCCAUUUUGCAGAGCUACCUAUGCUUUACUGUUGGUCUAAUUCCUCUUUCAACAGUGCCUUCAAAUCUGACCCGUACACUAUUCAGGUGCUUGUUUCUUAUCGCAUUUGUUACCUUUUUUCACUGCUUUGCCAUUUUACCUGUUGUCCUCACAUUUUUGCCACCCUCUAAGAAAAAAAGAAAAGAGAAGAAGAACCCCGAUCAUUGUGAGGAGAUAGAAUGUGUUGAAAUGGUAGACAUAGACAGCACAAGAGUGGUCGACCAAAUAACAACAGUAUGAACAAAUAUAUCCCUUUAACAAAUUAAUGUGGCACAACUGAUACCAUGAAAUUGUAAUAAACUGUAAUUUAUAAAACUUGUUAUUGAGAAUGUUGCCACACACGUAUGAGCUGUGUUCAGUAACGUGGAUGUAAGCACUGGAAUAGAAGCAGGUCAGAUAGAAAAUUCAAGUAGGCAAUUUUAGGUAAUUACAGUAUUGUAUGAUAAGGCACAGAAUAGUCUAUAAUCCUAGGCUGCUAAUUUUCCUCUGCAGUUAAUAUGGCAGUCUGCUCUCCUCCAGAGGUCAACUGACAAGGCUAAAGUUAAGUUCUGUACUUUUUUCCUUACAGAGAGAAGGUUUUAAAUGUAACUUAGUAGCCAUAAGAGUAAAAUGUUACAUUUUCAAGACAUUGUGCAUGCUUUGGAUUAAAUGGCAAAAUUCCAAAGGUAAGCAGAAACAAGCGUUCAGCUCUGAAAUGGAUAUAACAAAAUUAAAUUUUUUUUUGCUGCUUGCUUCAAGGUAUGCAUCCAUCCAGUUCAUUAGCUGUAUGUCUGUGCACAGAUUUUACAGUGAACACAUUUACAGUAAUGAUACAAAACUACUCUAGUAUUACAAGGUUUCUUACAUAUUAGUAGGUUUAUACCCAUUUUUUCCUGGUGGCUGCUUGUGAUGUGUAUCUUGUAAAAAGGGCAACAGGGAUGCUCUGAUAUUGUUUGGAUAGUGAAACAGAUACAGUAACCAUUUGUAUACAGGCCUGUCAAAGGCAUGUAUUUUGCUUUUGUAACUUGUGAAUUUAAAAUUUUGCUUAAAUGAAAUGAGCAGCUAUAAAUGACCAUGGCUUGAGAAACCAUAUUUGCUUUAAAACAGUCAGGUAAAUAGUAUGUUUCAGGAUCAGCCAAUUUUUCUGUUAAGUUUCAGUGGUACCAAAACAGCUUUUAUUAGAAUUAGACUGAGUCUGACCAUUUUUAUAUCUGUGGCUGAUUAUUUCAGUUUACCUUAAAGAAAAAUAGAAAUAUUUUUCAUUUUAGAACUUUAAAACAAUGACCUUUACAUAAUUUAGUAUGUUUUCAACAGCUUUCCAAAACUCAUAGUUCAUAUUAUGACAUCUUUACGCAUAUUUGCCAAUAUGUCUCCCUUUAGUGGACUGCUUCCUAUGAUAAAAUAAGUGUCUAAUAUGUUACUGUUCUGUCUGCUGGCCAACAAGUAAAAAGAACAGGAAAUUGACAGUAAUCUAUCCCACCCCUUCUACUGUCACAGUUUGUGACUUGUAGGAUAAACAAGACAAAAUAGAAACAAUAAUUUUGCAUGGCUUAGUUGUUUGUUUGUUUCUUUCGGCUUUUCCCGAUUAGGGGUCACCACAGCGGAACUCCGGU